AUCUCAGCUUUAUCAAUGUCCAAUCAAACAGCUGCUCAGGUGCAUCUCAGCUGUGACCUCAUCAGGUGUGUUUCUUUUGCAGUUCAGGCGUAUAACAUCAAGUGUUACGGUGAGGAUUCCGUGUGGGUCAGGAACAUGCUGCUGGACUGCAGCAACCCAGUCAAACAAGCCUGCUACACCAGAGCUAGUGGAGAGAAAGGCUGCACUACACUGGAGAACUGUCAGCGACCUGACUGGACCUGCUGCUAUACCGACGGCUGCAACAUCUGAGCCAAUCACAGCCCAAGAAAUACUGAUAUCAUCAAACUACACAAUGUAAAAUAAAGUCUGGUAGAUUUCCCAGAA